AUGGCGGAUGAGUCUGUCGUCUCGCCGCCCAAAAAGGCCAAAAAGCUACCCUUCAAGCCGACGGCUCUGGGCAAACACUCAUUACCCAAGCGCCCCUCGGCCGACGACAACGACGAUGACGAUGACCUCGCACUAUUCCGUAGGUCAAAAGAAAUGGAGCCCAUCAUGGCCGCCGAACGCGAGCGACGCUUGCAGAAAAGGCAGAGGCUCGGCGAAGAGCGUCGCCAAACGUCCGACGAGGGAUCGAAGCGGCCGCUCGACGACGAUGAGGCGCGACCCCACGACGAACCUGCAGCCGAUGUCGAACGCGCCGCGGAAAUACAGGGACGGAGCGAGGAGCCCCUAGACUCUCUAGCUACGGGAAGCUCCUCGGCGGCACCAGCUGACGGAGGUAGAAAUGUCGUCACCCCGCCAUCGUCGUCGAAGCGUUCGAGGAUCGAGACGACGCCGUCGAAAGGUUCGAUACUGAACUCGGAAGAGGCGCAACCGGUCACCGCUCACUCGCCGACGAUGCGGACCUCGCGAUCCCGCUCGAUUCCUCCGACGCCAAUCCAAGAUUGGGGCGGGACUGGCCCUGGGCCCAUGCCCGCCAGUACCGGGGCUGCCGCUGGCGUCAUCACCCUUGACUCGGAUUCUGACGACGAUCUUGUCUUCAUGUCCUCACCAUCUGGCCAUCAAGCUGGUGGGAGUGUCGAAGUCGUCGUCGCCGCCUCUGCGCCGGCCCCCGGCUCCCCGGCCCCCGAGGACGACGAAUUUGAAGAGUACGUCCGAAAAGCGGAGGAACAACGGGCCCGGGAUCGGGCCAUGACGGGGGCCGACAUGGAGGGCAACGUCCAAAAGGAAGCGGUGGAAAUAUACGUCACCUCCACCGUGCCCGACACGACCGCUUGUCGCAUGAAGUUUCUCUUCGGUAGGCCCUUGCGCCUGGUUCGUGACACCUGGGUGGCGAUGCAGCGGCACAAAGGCGUCGAGCUUCCGCUGCAGCAGGAGGACGACGCCAUUCUUACCUGGCGCCGCAAGAAGGUGUACGCAUCCUCGAACCUGCUCAACCUCGGCAUUCGCCCGCAGGGUGAUGGCCGUCUUGCUGUCGAUGGAAGCGCCCGAGACGGCCUCACCGACGGCCGGACCAGGGUUCACAUGGAGAUCUGGACGCCUGAACUCUUCCGCGAGAUGGAGAGGGAGGAAGAGAUGCGGCGCAAACGGGAGGCCGGCGAGCUAUCAUCGGACGAAGACGUCGAAGACGCCAUCGAGGAGCCCGAACCGGAGGUGAAGCUUAGGGUCAUUCUCAAAGCCCGGGGACUGGACGACGUCAAGUUGACGGUUCGGCAGGAGACGACGGUGGAGACGUUGGCGACGGGAUUCCGGACCCAGAGAGGCAUCGCUUUGAACAAGGAUGUGGGCAUCUGGUUUGAUGGCGAACGACUCAAGGAGGAAGUCACGAUGCUCGAGGCCGACAUCGACGACAUGGACACCCUGGAGGUCCAUGUCAAAUGA